GUGGCCACAACAACAGAAACUUUAUUGUCCGCGUCUGGGCCGCUUAGGAUGUCGGUCAAUUAUGCGGCGGGGCUUUCGCCGUACGCGGACAAGGGCAAGUGCGGCCUCCCGGAGAUCUUCGACCCCCCGGAAGAGCUGGAGCGGAAGGUGUGGGAGCUGGCACAGCUGGUCUGGCACUCCUCCAAUGUGGUGUUCCACACGGGCGCCGGCAUCAGCACUGCCUCGGGCAUCCCUGACUUCAGGGGCCCCCGUGGCGUGUGGACGAUGGCGGAGCAGGGCCUGACACCCACCUUCGACACCACCUUCGAGAGCGCAGGGCCCUCGCAGACCCACAUGGCUCUGGUGCAGCUGGAGCGCGUGGGCCUCCUGCAUUUCCUGGUCAGCCAGAAUGUGGACGGACUACACGUGCGCUCCGGCUUCCCCAGGGACAAGCUGGCAGAGCUUCACGGAAACAUGUUUGUGGAAGAAUGUGUCCGGUGUAGGACGCAGUAUGUCCGGGACACGGUGGUGGGCACCAUGGGACUCAAGGCCACCGGACGACUGUGCACACAGACGAAAGCCAGGGGACUGCGGGCCUGCCGGGGAGAGCUGAGAGACACCAUCCUGGACUGGGAGGACGCCCUGCCUGACCGGGACCUCACUCUGGCCGAUGAGGCCAGCAGGAACGCAGACCUGUCCAUCACGCUGGGCACCUCCCUGCAAAUCCGUCCCAGCGGGAACCUGCCCCUUGCCACCAAGCGCCGUGGGGGCCGCCUGGUCAUCGUCAACCUGCAGCGCACCAAGCACGACCGCCACGCUGACCUCCUCAUCCACGGCGACGUGGAUCUCGUCAUGACCCGCCUGCUGGGGCAUCUAGGCCUGCCCGUCCCGGUCUGGGGGGGUCCCUGCGUGCUGGACAGGGCGUUGCCCCCCCUGCCCCGCCCGCCCGCCCCCAAGCAGAAGCUCAAGGAGGAGCCCAAACCCCAACCCCAGCACAACGGUUCAAGUCCCCCCAGCCCCAAGAGAGAGUGGCCGGACAGCCCCGCCUCCCAGAUCCCUCCCAAAAAAGUCAAGAAGGAGGAAGGGUCUCCCAGCUGACCAGGGGGCUGGGGAGGGCAGAGUGUUUUGUAAAAACUGGGGGUUCUGAGAGCAGGUCUACUCCAGCCCCCCCCCCAACCAGGGCCAGUCUUCCUUUGACUCCAGGGUCUGCAGAGGGGGGCUGGGGCAGAGCACCCCCACUGGACUGACAACCCAAUCCUUGACUCAGGGCUGGGGGAGGCAGGGCGAGGCCUGCCCGGGCCUCCAGCCUGCAGAGGAACUGCCCCCCCUUCCCCUCACACCCACACCCCCAAGCUGCCUUCACAGGCCCCCCCAGGACACAUGGGGGCCCCUUCUGGAACCAGACCUCAUCUCGGGGAACACGAGAGGCUCGUACUGCCUUUCGGGCUCCCAGCUUCCAGACACAUCUCCAAUGCAAUAAACACACAACUUCUGGUGGCCAA